CUCGCCGUCGUCCACAGCUCGUGCUCGUGACGCAGCGGUGCGGACGAACAGCGUUGCGCGCGCACGCGGACUCUGCGGCGUUGCGAGGCGAUCGAGGCUGACAGCGCCCGGGACCAGACGGUGCGCGGGCUGAGGGCCGGCUGGCGCUGAGGCCAUGGCCCCAUGGCUCCAUGGCCCCCCCUGGACCACGGGCAUGGACCCCACGACGCCCACGCUCCCCCGGGGGUGCGUCGCGUCACGCUACUCGUCAGCCGCAACGGCUCCCUGCUCCUGGUGCCCGAGGACGGCCCUGACGGCGGCGGCGCCCUCUCCGGCCUCGGCGCGCUGCUCGUCGCCACCUUCGCCGGCGGGCUGGCACUCAACGUGCUGCUCGUGCUGGCGCUCGUGUCGAGCGAGCCGCGCACGCGCGCCCGGGCCGCGCAGGCCAUGCUCAUGCUCGCCAACGCCCUGGACUGCCUGCUCAACGCGCCCGCGGCUGCCGUCGUGGUCUCGUCCUGGGGGGCGCUGGUGGACCGCCAGCCCGGCGCGGCCAGGGCGCUCUGCAGGUUCACCGCCGUGGCGGGGCAG